AUGAUGCGCUCGCUGCUCCUCGCCACCUGCCUCGCGGCCGCGUCGGCCUUCGUGCCGCCCAGCGCGGUGCCCGUCGGCGGUGCGCAGUCCGCCGUCCCCACCAGCAUGCGCAUGCGCACAAGGUGUUUUCCAAUUCCAUCAAAAGCUCUUCGGAUUUUUUACUUCCCUCAGAUCGUCCCAUCUACACUCACGUGCCCGCCGUUCUCCAUGGCGCGCGUAGCUAUGACAGGGACCGCGGCCGCGGACCCGGCGGCGGACGGGGCUGGCGCGCAAGCGCCGGCCACCGUCGUGCCGCCGGGGAUGCGCAGCGGACGCUGGAAUAGCUCCAAUCGCGCGCAACUGGAGGACGCGGUGAUGGUCGCAAGGCUCGCAGGUGCGUCGCAGGUCAGGCUGGUAUUGCCUGGCUACGCGACCAUCGAGAUCGACCUGAGGCACGAGAAGGCCGCGGGCGACCGCGAGUCGGUGCAGGCGGCGGAGCGCUCGUACGUCGAGCGCACCGCGCUGAAGAAGAAGGAUCCCACCAAGGAGCAGCUCGCGGCUCGAGCCGCGGCACGCAAGGCCAAGAAGGCCCGGCAGAAGGCGCGCCGGGCGACGGAGGCUGGCGAGCGCGCCGCGAGCGAGGCCGAGCGCGCGGAGGCCCCGCGGGCGCAGCUGCGCGAGAACAUCCAGUACGUGAUGGCCGGGCUGCGGACUGCAGCUGCGCAGACGCGCAGCCAGGCCGGGUCCAAAAUAGAG